UCUGGGACAGGAUCCGGGAGCAGAGCCAGGACCUGCGAAGCUGGGCCUCACACCCCGCCAGCCCUGCGCUGAGUUCCCUCCUGAGACUGGCCGACGACCACAUAAAUGUGACCCGGUUCUCGAAUUACACUCCCAAGGUGUAGUUACAACUCCGGUUUGUUCCCCAAGCUGACACUGACGCCUAAGGCCCAGCUGAUUUCUCUUCUCUGCAAAGUUCCUGCACCAUGGCAGGUGAACCCGUUCCUCUGUGGAGGCGCAGACUCCACUGCAGGAAAAUGCAAGAACCUCCAAAGAAUGUUGAAGAAUUCUUAAAGUUUCAAAAUUGGCUUUCAGAUGCAAUGGAAACAAAGAAGAAUAUAGAGGGUUGCAACUUUUCAGGAUUCAAAACAAAUGAGCUCACUCAACUACCCAGACAUUUGGAUGCUGAACGAAUUUAUCUUUUUAUUUUAAAAACCCAUAACUUUGAUGAAAAGGUUCUUCAAAUCUGGAAGACUCAUUUUCUCUCAGAAGCCUCUAUUGCUCUUUUGCACGAUUCCUUUUGGUGGUGGUUUCUCCAUAAAUUUAAGCCUGACAAAGAAAAUCAAGAUUCCUUGUUUGACAGAAUUUCAGAAAGUUAUGUGACACUUUUCAUGAGCAUACCUCUAAGUCGAAAAGAUGCAUUCUUUCAGGUGUAUCCUGAUUGUUUGGCACAAGCUAUCUAUGCAACAUUCCAGGAAGCAUUUCCAGAAUCCAGUCAUCUCUUUAAUGAUGAAUUUAAAGAAGAUCUAGGGAAUAAUAUUUGUCUUUGGUUGUCAGGUUUAAAACCUCAAAGAGGUUUUUGGACCCACUGGAAACUGAAAGAACUCUCCACAACAACUAUACAUGGUAUCAAGAAAACACCCUUAAAAUCUCUACAGGAGAGGAUUGCAAUCAGUCAAGAACGCAUAGCAAAUUCUAUAGACUUCAAUAUGGUGGAAAUUUUGAAGAACCCAAGAGCAUAUAUAACACCUACAUCCAAGGAAGAAUCAAGAUUAACAAGACGAACAACAAAGUCCCAUUAUGCUAGCAUUGGUCCAGAGUUUAACCGUGUGCUCUUCAAUAUUGGAAGUCAGAGUCCACUGAUUUUAUAUUAUCUUCAGAUGCAUGACCUAGCUAGUAUUUCCAAAGGCCCUAGAAAAACCAAGAUUAAACUCACUGAAAUAUUGCAAGAACCACCACCUGCUCCAACUUAUCGUGAUAUUAUAAAGGAGGCAAAAAGACAAUUUGCAAGGAACCAAAAGGAUUUUAGGAUAGAAAAGCUCAGAAUUAAUGAAGAAAUAAAACUCCUGAGACAGCGGCAGGAAAGAAUUGACAAGGAACUUGAUAGACUCCAAGCAAAGGCUACCUUGAAACCUUACGAAGCUGAGGAUGACUUUCAGAAGUUCCUACAUAACCUGCGUUGUGAAGCUCACAUUGAGCAAGAAUUUCUGGCAUCACUAUCAUCAUCAUCAUCAUCAUCAUCAUCAUCAUCAACAGAAGACUAUAACUUUGAGGAAGAAGGACACUAAGAAAAACCAAAAUAAACUGUCUUUAAGAAUACUGCAUACCAUUCAACUGUAUCAGUUUAAUUGUAACAGUAUGUUUAAUUCAAGUCCAAUCCAGGAGGUCAUUAUUGAGUGUCUUUUACCAUUCAUCUUUAAUAAUCUUGAAAUCAAUAAAUCCCAGCAAAUCAUUCUUAA